UCUUGAGCUCGUUUCGCUAGGUUGUAGUUGUUCGUGGCUCGUUCCCGGCUUGGUUUUUUAAAGUGUUUUGUUUUUCCUUUUGUUUUAUCACAAUAAACAUGAGAAAUUAAAAUUUUGUAAUUUGAUAUUAAAAACCUUUUUGUAGAUAUCUUGUAUUUUAUAAAAAAUAGAAGUAAAUUAUUAAACCAUGGGAAAAAUCAAUAUCCAACUGAGUGUACUGUGCAUUUUUAUCAUUGCAACAAGUAAUCCAACUUGCUCCAAGGAAGCAAAAUCUGGUCUGGAAUCCAUCAAAGUGUUCACUGUUGCCACAGAGAGAAAUGAUGGGUAUCAUCGUUAUUUUCGAUCAGCAAAAAUCAACAACUUUGAGGUUACACCACUUGGAAUGGGUAUGGAAUGGAAAGGUGGAGACAUGAGUGGCCCAGGGGGUGGUUUUAAGAUUAAUCUUUUGAAAGAAGCUGUUGCUCCAUUCAAGGAUGACAACAAUACAAUCAUUAUGUUUACGGAUAGCUAUGAUGUAAUCUUCACGUCCACUUUAGACGAAAUUCAUAAGAAAUUUAAAGAAAUGGAUGCUAAAAUUGUAUUCUCCGCCGAAAAGUUUUGCUGGCCCGAUAAGAGUCUUGCAUCAGAAUACCCUACUGUUUCUUUAAAAGCAUCUCGUUUCCUGAACUCUGGAAUGUUUAUAGGUUACGCUCGCAAUAUCUAUGAAUUGAUUAAGCGCCCAAUCGAAGAUACCGACGAUGAUCAACUAUUCUACACAAAACAGUUUUUGAAUCCUGAUCUUAGAGAACACCUUGGCAUUAAAUUAGAUGUUGAAUCAAAGAUUUUUCAAAACUUGAAUGGUGCUAAGGACGAUGUUAAAUUGGAUGUGAAUGUUAAAACCGGAGCUGGUGUCUUGCAAAAUAUCGACUUCUUGACAACUCCAAGCGUUAUACAUGGCAAUGGACCAAGUAAAAUUGAAUUGAAUGCUUUUGGAAAUUACCUUGCGGGCACAUUCAACGAGAAAUGUAUAAUUUGCGAGGAAAAUAGACAGGAAUUAGAUCUGGAAAAACUGCCAAUUGUGACUGUAGCUCUUUUCGCCACCAAAGCAGUUCCAUUCUAUGAAGAAUUCUUGGAGAAAGUACUAAACUUGAAUUAUCCUAAAACUAAAAUCAAUCUUUUGAUUUACAGUGGUGUCGAAUUCCACAAUGAAUUGUCGAAAUCAUUCUAUGUGGCUCAUGAGAAGGAAUAUUUAACUGCGAAACUAAUUGUUUCCACCGAUGAGAUUGAUGAAAAGCAGGCCAGGAAAUUAGCCGUCAAUCAAGCAAAUCAGAAAGACAGUGAUUAUAUGUUUGUUGUUGACGCCGAGGUACAUCUUGACGAUCCUGGUCUACUAAAGCAUCUUAUGACAUACAACAGGAAUUUCAUGUCGGCAGUUAUCACUCGUGACAAUGAACUAUGGAGCAACUUUUGGGGAGCCAUAUCAGACGAUGGAUACUACGCCAGAUCACAUGAUUAUGUUGACAUUGUAAAAGGAAAUAUACUUGGCAUGUGGAACGUUCCUUACAUUUCAAGUUGUUAUCUUAUCAAGAAAGACAUUUUCAAGAAACUCAAUUUCGACCACAAAGUUUUGGAUGCAGAUAUGGCUCUGUGCGAAAAUUUGCGCAACGAGGGAGUCUUUAUGUACAUAAUCAAUGAUAGAGACUAUGCUCAUUUGGUGAACUGCGACAAUUUUGACACAACCGUUGCUCGUCCUGACUUUUACACAUUAUUUACAAACCAAAAAGAUUGGGAACAACGUUACAUUCACCCAGAAUACUAUGAGCAACUGAAACCAAACAGAACUCAUUUACAGCCAUGCCCCGAUGUCUUCUGGCUAAGAAUUGGAACAGAACGAUUCUGCCAAGAUUUGGUAGCUAUUGUGGAAAACUAUGGAAAAUGGUCUGAUGGUAGCAACAAGGAUGCUCGAUUGGAGGGAGGUUACGAAGCAGUACCAACUCGAGACAUCCACAUGAAACAGGUCGGUUUGGAUGGAGUGUGGCUUAAAUUUCUGGACCUAUUUGUGCGUCCAUUGCAAGAAUCUAUCUUCAUUGGAUACUUCCAUAACCCACCUCGCUCUUUGAUGAAUUUCGUCGUACGUUAUCGACCAGAUGAACAGCCUUCAUUGAGGCCACAUCAUGAUUCAUCAACAUAUACUAUUAAUAUUGCCUUAAAUCGUGCAGGAGUAGAUUACGAGGGUGGUGGAUGCAACUUCCUGAGAUAUAAUUGUUCUAUCACAGCAACGAAAAUGGGUUGGAUGCUUUUACAUCCAGGUCGUUUGACGCAUUUCCAUGAAGGCCUUAAAGUGACUAACGGCACUAGAUACAUUAUGAUAUCUUUCGUUGACCCAUAAGAUAAAUAUUCGUUUUAUUAGAAACAUAACUUGAUACUCGGAUAGUUUUAAGAAAAAAUCAAAUGAAAUUCGUAAUAAUAUUCGCUAUGCGCGUGUUCAUAAUGUAAGAAAAUCGUAGAUAUAAAAAGCCAACGAAAAAUUGUUAUAUAAAUAAAUUUCGAGCACGAAAUAAUCUGCAAUUAUAAUAAUUCAUAUUAUUUGCCAUUGAUUUCAUUCUUUAGUAAGCUAUAAGGUCACGAAUAGUAAAUCAAACUUUGACAUAUGUAUAACAAAACUUUUCGUUUUAAGAUAUAAACAAAAUAUUAUGUGAAUACGUUAGAAACAUUUUGUACUUUUCUAGAGAUAAGAAAACAAAAUAAAUCGAAAAAAUACUCUAAA